AAAUUUGAUAAAGAGUAAAAAUAUUGGAGACUUAGUCAACAAUAAACAAAACAUAAAGGACCUACAUACAAUAUAAAAAACCUUUAGACACUCCUCAGUCCUCAUGCAACCACUGACCAUGAUGUCUCGUUACUUAAACUGAAAAAUUGUUUGUCAUCGCUGGCAAAUUCUCUCUCUUGUCCCCUUCUUUCUCCGUUAGACUUAACAAGUUUGGUCCUUUCGAUAACCAAAAACCCAUUUCAGAGUCUCGAUUGAAUAGCCCUCCCUCCCUCCUCCUCCUCCUCUGUACGGCUCCGGCGUUUUAGGCAAAGCGAAAACUCUUUGGCAUUUCUGAUUUGCUGCAAAGGCAUUUCCUUUUGGUCUAUCUCCGCUUCAUUAUAUGUGAUUUUAGAAAGAAGAGAUGUCAAUGGUUGCAAGCUCUUCGCACAACGAUCAAGAUUCAAGAAGCUUGCAAGUGCUUCUCGAUGCUUUCGGCUCUCGUUUCUCUCUAGAUGACAUUACUGCUGCCUACCACGAAGCUAGUCAGAAUGUUGAUGUGGCUGGUGAGAUUCUCUUUGCCAUGACUGAAAAGACUACUGAGAGUGACCAAGUUGAAAAGAAUGAAGCAACUCAUGCCAAAGCCAAAGUAUUGAGGCCAAAAAAGAGUUCUGUAUCAGUUGGUAGUGUUUCAAGUGUUAUCGGUAAGGAGUAUGUUAGAACCAGACCUGUAUGUAAUGCUCGCCAAGAAGCGAGUAAACCGGUGAAAAUAGACUCAAAGGAUAUACCAGAAACUGAGAUGUGGUGUCAAGAAAGCAAGGAGGCAAUAAACAUAAGCAGGGCUCCAACUGAGGUUGAGGAGUUUAUUAUUAAGAUGCUUGGAGAAGGCUUUCAAGCUAGCCCUGAGCUCAUUCACCAGAUUCUUGGCGUAUGUGGCUAUGAUGUGAAGAAGAGUACAGAGAAGCUACUUGACUUGUCUGAUACCAAGAAGCUUGCUGAUGUUGGAAUUUCCAAUGAACUUAUGUCAAAAGUCGAUUCUCAAAGACAGGGAUCUACAUCCUGCAACCAAGUGGAACUUUCUCAGGGUGAUGGAGCAAGAAACUUAACAGGUUCACAGGAAGGAGGUAAAGACAACUCUGGUCUUGAAAAGGAGGUUUUAGAAGCUUUGUUCUCGUGUCCAGAAAGAUAUGAGGAAGUGCCAAAACUAACUCGGCGAUUUAGAGAAAUGAGAGGAAGAGCUGCUGGUCGUCCUGUUAUUAAACCUCUGGAAGACCCUUUUCAAGAGGGAGUUGUCACUGUGAAACAAUCGUCACAUACAUCUAAACAAGAUGAAGAUGAUGAAAAUGAAUACAAGGCUCAUCGUAAAGCAGUGCACGAGAAUUUGCAUGAGAUGAAAGAAUACUACGGAGCUGCGGUAGAAGCAUUCUCCAAAGGAGAAACCGAGCGAGCACAGAGACUAGUGGAAAAGGGACACUUCUUCGGACAAAAAGCUCGGGAAGCUGAUGACAAAUCCAUAGCAAAGAUGCUUGAAGUCAAGGAAGACAAUGUUUCCACUUAUAAGGAAGAUGAGGUAGUAUUAGUGAAUGUGAAUGAGCUCGAACCAAGGGAAGCUCUUCGUCUUCUCAAACUCCAACUUAAAAACUUCACUGGCAUUCCAUCUAUCAAAUGCCUGAGAGUCAAAUUAGGUGACAACAAGGAAGAUUCCAAAUGCAAACGAAGGCAUACUGCAAUUGCAAAGCUGCUGGAGGGUGAAUCCAUUGCCUGGUCUAAAGAAGAUGAUGGCCUCGUGUUGAUGAUUCGUAUUGAUGAGAUUGACCCUGAGAAAUUGAGUUUUGCCAAGAAAUAAAAACACCAUUGGUUCAUAUCCUUUUGCUUAGUUCCACUACAAAAUUUGACUAUGAUGUUUCAAACAAUAUUCGUAUGUAACAAAAGCAAAGAAGCAUUUGGCAGAAAUAUAAUUUUUUGGUUUAUCAA